UUAACUGAAGGGAGAAGAGACGCGUGAGUUGCCACACAAUGGCGGAGUGCGACUUAAACGUGACGGAUCUGGAGGACAGAUUCAAUAGAGCUAGCAAGUAUAUGCAAUCAUUAGUGUCAGAAUUAAAUACGGAUCAACUGCUCACAUUUUACGGUUUAUACAAGCAAGCCACCGUUGGACCUUGCGACAUCUCGAGGCCCAAUUGGUACCAGGUGCAAGCCGUACGCAAGUAUGAGGCGUGGAAGAAGCUCGGUGAUAUGAGCCAGGAGAUCGCAAUGGCCAAUUACAUCGACGUCAUCGCGAGGGUGAAUCCGUCGUGGGAGGAAGAAGCGAAGUUCGAGGAAUCUCGUGGAUGGACUUCUGUCAGCAAGUUACCCAACACAGAUGCGACAUUAAAGGACACGGAGAAGACAUUCUUGGAUUGGUUGAAGGAGGGUAAUGAGGCGAAGGUGCGGGAAAUGGUGGGCAAGGAGCCCAGACUCUCGGAGUGGAUGGACGACAUCGGUUUAUUACCCAUACACUGGGCCGCGGAUCGAGGCCACGUCGAAAUCUUAAAGUUUUUGGUCGAACAAGGUGCAGAUUUAAAUUCGCUCGACUUGGAAGAGCAAACACCCCUUCACUAUGCGGCAUGUUGCGGUCAUGUGGAAGCAGUGAGGUACUUACUCUCGAUCGGAGCUGAUACAUCUCGGAAAAAUGGAGAUGGUAUGACACCCAAAGAUAUCGCCAUUGAUUCGACUAAGGAUCUCUUCUGCUAACGCUAUACACUUCAUAGUGGUGUACACAUGCACGCAAUAUGAUAACGAUUGUUACUCUGUUUGAAUAUAUUAAUAAAUUUUCGAUGGAUUAAUAAUUUUUU